AACGUGAAACAGAAAGCGAGAGGGACGAGUGCGGAGCGGAAGGCCGAUGGGAAAAAUGGUGUACUCGAGGAGUGGCGUCGACCCUCGGAGCGGCUACUGCGACGCGAACUCGACCUUCUACAGCAAGCGGCCGCCCAUCGCCCUUCCCGCCGAUCCCAACCUCUCCGUCACCGCCUUUCUCGCCUCUCGCCGCCACUCCGGCACCACCGCCUUCAUCGACGCCGCCACCGGCCACCGCGUCUCAUUCACCGCCCUCUGGCGGUCCGUUGCCGCGGUCGCCACCGCCCUCGCCUCCCCUCCCCUCUCCGUCCGCAAGCCCCAUGUCGUCCUCCUCCUCUCCCCCAACUCGGUCCACUUUCCCGUCGUCUCCCUCGCCGUCAUGUCCCUCGGCGCCGUCCUCACAACCACCAACCCCCUCAACACCCCAGUCGAGAUCGGCCGCCAGCUCGCCGACUCUUGCCCUGUCCUCGCCUUCACCACCCGCUCCCUAAUUCCUAAGCUCGCCUCCGCCCCUGAUCUCCGAAUCGUCCUCCUCGACGACCGCCGGCGGCCAUCGGACGACCGCCGGAUCGUUGCCACCAUCGGCGAGAUGAUCGCGACGGAGCCGGACCCGGCCCGGACCGCCAGCGCCGUGAGCCAGGACGACACCGCCACGCUGCUCUACUCCUCCGGCACCACGGGCACCAGCAAGGGCGUCGUCGCCACCCACCGCAACCUCAUCGCCAUGGUCCAGAUCGUCCUCGACAGGUUCAAGCUGGAGGACGGCGCUGAGCCGGAGACCUUCAUCUGCACCGUCCCCAUGUUCCACGUGUUCGGCCUGGUGGCCUUCGCCACGGGGCCGCUGGGCUCGGGGUCGACGGUGGUGGUGCUGUCCAAGUUCGAGCUGGGGGAGAUGGUGCGGGCGAUCAACGAGUAUGGGGCGACGUACCUGCCGCUGGUGCCGCCAAUCCUGGUGGCGAUGGCGAACCAGAGCCGGCCGCCGCCGCUGGGCCGGCUCCGGCGGGCGCUCUCAGGCGGGGCGCCGCUACGGCGGGAGGUGAUCGAGGGGUUCCGGGAGAAGUACCCCGCGGUGGAGAUCCUGCAGGGGUACGGCCUCACCGAGACAACGGGGAUCGGCGCCUCCACCGACUCGGCGGAGGAGAGCCGCCGCUACGGCACCGCCGGGAUGGUCUCCCCCAACACGGAGGCCCGCAUCGUGGACCCCGACUCUGGCGCGGCCCUCCCCGUGAACCGCACCGGCGAGCUGUGGCUUCGCGGUCCCUACGUCAUGAAAGGGGCAGGACAGUACAUUGCGUGGCGUCUGACAUGGCCACUGGGGCUAUGUGGAGGACCGGGCUACCGCAAGUGUGCAGGUGCGAGACGACGUUGCCUCUUCCUCGACGCUGCGGCAGAGCACUCCCCCUGACGGGACAUCCAAAUCACCGCGAUCAGCCACCAGAAGGACCUCAGGCACGCCACGCAAGAUCCCCGCCAUUCGGACCCCUGGACGAGCCGCGUCGGCCCAAGGCCACGGCUAUAAAAGUUAUUUACCCUAACAAUAAUGACAGUAAUAUUUUGAUA